AUGGCUACUAGUAUUCCAGCUCCUAGAGGCCCUAGGCUCUUCCUGGCCAAACCUAGUGGGAUCACAGCUUCAAGCGGACAACCCUCGCCCACAGCUAGUCUGCCACCUGCUUGGUUAGAGACCACAGUUCCAACUAACAUGGCCGAUUUGUCCAGUGCGGUUCCACCUCCGACCCUCCAGCCCUUGUCAAUUCCUGAAUUACCGCCGAUGGAACAAUUAGAUACAGGGCUCAAUCUGGAUACCGAGAUGGCUUCAUCUGUUAUAUCAAUCCCUCAACCGCCACCAUUAAGGAAAUGGAUGGCGCCAGCUUCAGAUGCCACAUUACCAAGAGGAAUCAAUAGUAGUGACGUGGCUGUGAGCUCUCCAUCGACAUUACAGAACGGGGUCAUUUCGCCACCUAUAGCACCAGCUGCUUUUACACAUGAUAUAGGGCCUCCGCCAGUGCCAAUACUGAAUGGUCCUGCAGCUACGAGUGAAACAUCCGUUAGUGUGCCAGUGCGGCAAGACGCAAAGAGCUUACCGUUACAGCAGCCACUGCCGAUACUAGAGGGUGCGUCGUUGCAUGAAGAACCGCUGGAAGACGACUUUGGAUUAUCUAGGAUAACCAAGGCAUUCGCAGAGAAGGGCUUUUCGGUUUCAGACGAUAGUGCUGCGCCAAUAAUAACUUUAAGGCAGCAAGCAGAGCCAGAAACAAGGCCACCACUACCGAUACCUGUACAGCCUCGUACGUCAUCAGUACAGAGCUUGAAACCCCUUGUACACAACGAACAACCUAAACCUACAGUUUUGGAAACUGUUACAAAGGGUAAAGAAAGGGGUGAACCUAUAGUCGAAACCAGAGUAGAGCAGCCUAGAGUAGCACCCAUAUUACCGCCAAAGACUUUACCGGCUAUUCCAUCUAUGCUACAGAUGAAGGACGUUAAACCAGUUGUGGUUGAGUCUGCUGAAGAUACUUUUGGAGCACCAGAUCCUGCGGUAGAAGUAGAUGAACGAGAGCUUAAUGAAACUGUAGAUGAACGGGCAGUUGAACAAGCUGACUCUGUGGUAGACACACUACCGAAUCUGCCUAUCAGGACGCCCAAUACACCGCCCGAGUCUCCAAAACGAGGACCAGGCAUAUGGGGUCGUCUUGGCUUUGGUUCUAAACCGGCUCAAAAGACAAGAGAUCGAAUACCUUCAAAUUCUGCAUCAACGUCAUCUCUAGCAUCUGUUUCCUCAGCUAAUUCAUCUGUCGCUUCAGUGAUACCUGCAAUCCCGCCACUGCCGACCUCAUUGCCACCUCCUCCGCCAUUGUCAAAUCUUGCAUCUCGUCCUGAGUCUGUGUCGUCGGUGUCAUCAAGACCUGAAGUGAGACCUCCAUCAGUGGAGAAUAUAGAAAGCAAGAAUGAAGAAGUGAUGAAUCAAGUGGAACGUAGCGUACCGGUCUCUGGUGACUUGUCUCCAGAAAUUCUUACACCGUCUGGGCCGCCUCUACCAGCUUCAGCUGCUGUAGAUAUACCCCUGUCGAAGCCGAAGACCACACCACCAUCCACCCCAACAAUGGAAGCUCCAUCGAUGGCAACACCUCGUACGUCAUCGCUACCAGGUACCGGACCACCACAGAUACCUCCUCCUCGAUUACCUACCUCUAUGGCUUUGUCAAAUAUUGCAAGUACACAAGCGAGUAUUCCUACUGUAGCACCACCUGCUAUUCCUGUAACAGCCCCUCAACACGCCUUGUUCCCGACACGAUCGGCUAGUAUUGCUCAAUUAAAGACAGCCACUGCCGCUAAUAACUCUGCAGCUCCAGCUUCUCUGCCACCUACUCCUGCCAUUCCACCACCUCCUAGCACAGUAGCUUCUGCACCUAAUAAUGUUAUUACACCUACUAUAGUGUCUCUGCCACCUGCUUCCUCUAUAACGCCUCCCUCCACACCUGUAUCUAUGUCAGACUUUCCAAUGCCCGUCAAUGCACUAGCAGACCAGGGAUCAUAUUAUCAACCAGAAAGUGAAGCUCCUGUAACUCAAGCACCAUAUACAUACAUAGUAGGCCCUGAUGGACAACCUCAACUGAUUUAUACUAGUGAACCCAUGAUCAGCAACGCAUCGGAAGCCAUGGCUCCAUUAUCAGAUGAAAUGGCAUCGCAAGCUCCUGAAAUGAUAAACUCUCGACCGACGUUUACAUUGAGGAGAGGAACAACAAAUCGCGGUGGUUAUACUUACUCUAUGGGUCGAGAUGGACAGCUUGAUGUUACAGCUCAUACUGCCGGUGCUACUGCUAAACCUGUGGAGGUUGGACAACCAACGCCCAAGGCUAUAAUGUAUAAUGGAUAUAAGGAUGGAAUGUCGUUGGUUGAUACGUCAGAUUUGUUUAGGUUUAAUGCUCGUAAAUCCGCAGAUCUGAAUGUUCAAUUUGAGUUUGCCAAGUGGUUGAUCGAGACAGCAAAUGAAAAUGAAGAUGCUGCUGCAAGAAAGGAUUUGCUUCUCGAUGAAGGAUUCCAGUGGUUGCGAAAAUUAUCGUCCAGUGGCCACGCCGAUUCCCAAUUCUUUUUGGGUGCAUCGUAUGCUGAUGAUCGAGAUUGGGAUCGAGCUUUCCCUCUCUUCUAUCAAGCGACCAAGCGUUCACAUCAGGACGCCAUGUAUGCUGUAGCUAGAUGCUAUGAACAUGGAUGGGGUGCCAAAAAGGACUCGAAUAAAGCUCUGCACUUUUACCGUACCGCUGCUACUGCUGGUAACAAGGCUGCCAUGUACAGAACAGGAUUGGCCCUACUGAAUGGGGAAUUAGCAUUACGCAAAGAUGUACGAGAUGGUGUGAAGUGGCUCAAACGAGCAGCUACUGCCGCAGAUAGAGAAUUCCCACAUGCUCUAUUCCGUCUUGCCGAAGUAUACGAACGUGGAUACCCACCGAUUGUUCACGCUGAACCAGCAUAUGCUCUACGCUUAUUAAAAGAAGCUGCAGCUCUAGAUUUCCCACCAGCAAUGUCUCGAUUAGGUAUGGCUUACGAGUACGGACAAUAUGGUGUAGACAAGGAUGAACGAGAAUCCAUACGGUGGUUUAUGAUGGCUGCUACUCUUGGUGAACCAGAUGCACAAUUCAGUCUAGCUGGCUGGUAUUUGACUGGAUCACCUGGUAAUUUGGACCCGAGUGAAUAUGAUGCACUCUUUUGGACACAAAAGUCUGCUGAAUUUGGAUUGCCAAAGGCUCAAUAUGCUAUGGGAUACUUUCAUGAAAUGGGUAUCGCGACUAUAGCUGAUGCUGAUGAAGCUCGGAGGUGGUACAUUGCCGCUGCUAAAAAUGGCGAUGAACGUGCCAGAAGGAAACUGGGACAUGCAACAAGUGACUCUCAGGUGUCUGAAAGAAAUGAAACUCCUCGGGACAAGAAGGAUUGUCUCAUAAUAAUCGUACAUAUGCCUACCACUCGACAGUCUGCCUUGCUUCCUUAUACAAAGCUGAAGAAGGUGGUGGAUCCUCUGGCUAGGCCGCUUCAUAGAAUACGGAACAAUGAUGAGGAUCCUCGAAUGCGCGUUUUCCCUCGUGUACUUGAACAACGAAAACAUGCCGCAGAAUUAGAACGAGACGUAAACUCUGACAUGGUUAUGGCAUUCCCUGGAUUGUAUGAUGAGCAGAAAGUGGUGGUCAGGAAGUGCCUUAGACGCAAUGUGGUGCAACGGAUUGAAGCAAGAGAUGUUCUUGAAUCCGAGAUGGAGAAACCCCUGGAGCUCGCUUCAGCAAAUCAUCUUGUGUAUGACAACUUCAUCCUGCCCAGUGCAGCACAUCGACCAUCGGCAGCGAUAGUUGGGGCUGGUAAAAUGGAAAUCAUAGAGACUGGCGUAAGAGAUCCUCGCCCAGAGACUCCUAAACAGCAUCAUGGUCCCAUGUCGGAAGAUACAAUCGCAGAUAGUCCUGCUCAUUCCAAUGAGAGCUUAGAUCAAGAAAAAGAUUUCGCCUUUCUUUACGCUGAGUUCAUUGAUGCCAACAAGAGGAUGAAGGAGGAAGAUCAUCAAUCUGGAUCCGCAGGGAGUUCAAACAAUUUGCUCAAAGAGAUUCGAGAAGUUACCCGUGAUCUAGCAGACUGGAUUCGAGGAAACUUGGACUACAAGCCACACUUUGUCGAAGACGUAGAAGAGAAAUCCCUGUCAGAACAGCUUCAAGAACUGUUACAAGAUGGCAAAACCAAAAACCUGAUAUUAGGAAGCCCUUCCGUCAAUUCGUCUGUAAUUGGAUAUACAGGUGCAAAUCGCUAUUUGGUUGGUGAUGAUUCUGAGAUAGAUAUGCCUCAAGAGUUGAAGGCACUUGUACGAGCAUGUACACCAGCAGUUCUGGAAUUCAAGCUUGCACCAAGACUGAAAGUUGUAUUGGAACAACGGCCACCCAAAAGUCUUGUCACUGCGCUAGAAAAGACUUUGGGAGUUGAGAUCGUCCCCAAGAAACAUAUUGAUGAGCAACACGACAGACCAAAGUGGGGCCGAAGUGACAAUGAUGGGUCCGUUACAACGACGAUUCAGUACGGCUCUGCUUGGUAUGUGAGGCCAACCUUAUGGACUCACUUUGAGAGAGAGAGGAAAAUAGCACUGGAAAAAAUGACUUGUAAGAAAGUCAAUAGCAAAAUGACGGCCGUCGCAGACAAGCUUGAUCAAAUAUUUCAGUCAAGGACAGAAGAGGCUGCCAUCAUAAGCCAGCUUGAAUCACAGCUGGGCCCCGUUGACACGUAUGGUGAACGAGUUACCUCACUUGGCGCAAUUCAUGAAACAACAGCGGCAGCCAAGAGUGCAUCCGGUAAACGAGAUGCACAUUCCUCAAAACGUGAACAUGCUAGUAAAGAACGAACGAAAACUGCUAACAUUGAUGGUGAAGUUAGUAAACCUGCUGUUGCCGAAAAAGACGACAAAGAUCAGGAACAGCAGCAAAGCGCACUAGCGCCACCGAAAUAG